UUUAACAAAAUGCAUUAGUAAACUAAUAAUAACAAAGUCCGAAUCAAAUAAACAAAUACUACAGAUAUUUAUUGUUUUAGUGUAAAAUGGAAGCGAACAGUGAUAUAUUUCAGUAUGUUAGUAACACAAACAGAGGCGCUGACAGUUUUGGUUCUUCUGAGGAGACAGAGGGCUUAUAUGAACAAGAUUUCCCAAACAUUCGUUCAACAAUUUUGAAUAGCAGUAAAAAGCUAUGUCGACCAGCGACACUAACAAAUAAGCUACCCAUACUCAAAUGGCUACCUAGAUAUCAGCCUUCAUUUGUAUUUCGCGAUGCUAUUGCCGGUUUCACAGUCGGUCUCACAACUAUUCCGCAAGCGAUUGCUUAUGGCGUGGUCGCUGGCUUGCAGCCUCAAUACGGGCUUUAUGCGGCUUUUAUGGGCUGUUUCACUUAUAUUAUUUUUGGUUCUUGCAAGGACGUGACUAUCGCCACUACAGCAAUUAUGGCUUUAAUGGUACAUGAUUAUGCAGUAAUUACACCGGAUCUCGCCGUUUUGAUCUCAUUUCUGGCAGGCUGCACGAUAUUGGUGCUGGGCAUUCUUAACCUGGGCGUGCUGGUGCGAUUUAUUUCGAUGCCCGUUAUUACGGGAUUCACUAUGGCUGCGGCGUGUACAAUUGGUAGUGCGCAGAUUAACAAUCUGUUCGGAAUGAAGAGUCCGUCAAAUGACCUCAUUCCGGCGUGGAAACACUUUUUCACGCACCUCCCGAAUAUAAGUUUGAAUGACGCAUUACUUGGCGUCGGUGGACUCAUAUUUUUACUCUUGAUGAAGCAAGUGAAAAAUAUACCAUAUGGCAAUAAGACAUUUUGGAAAUAUAUUUCUUUGUCUCGCAACGCCCUGGUGGUGAUAUUCGGUACAUUUUUGGCAUAUCAAUUAAGUCGUGAUGGCUCCCAACCCUUCGUAAUCACCGGGAAUAUUACAGCAGGCUUACCACCGUUUCGUCCACCACCAUUUAGCACAAUCGUAGAUGGCAAGGAAUUGACAUUCUCGGAUAUGAUUAGCACGUAUGGUUCCUCGUUGGCAUCAAUACCUUUAGUGUCAAUACUAGAAAUUGUAGCGAUAGCUAAGGCAUUCUCUAAGGGUAAAAUUGUCAACGCAUCCCAAGAGAUGAUAGCUCUCGGCAUGUGCAAUAUUAUGGGUAGUUUUGUAUCAUCAAUGCCGGUGACAGGUUCUUUUACCCGCACAGCUGUGAACAAUGCGAGUGGCGUUAAAACGCCAUUGGGCGGUGCCGUCACUGGUGCAAUGGUAUUGAUGGCGCUGGCUUUUCUUACACAAACCUUCUACUACAUUCCAAAAGCAACAUUAGCGUCUGUUAUUAUAGCUGCCAUGAUAUCGCUGGUGGAACUCGAGCGACUUGCCGAAAUAUGGAAAUCAAAAAGAAUGGAUCUCUUUCCAUUUGCCGUAACUUAUUUCACCUGCUUAUUUUGGAGUUUGGAAUACGGCAUUAUUUGUGGCAUAGUGGUGAAUAUCUCUUUUAUACUAUAUAGAAGUGCAAGACCACAAAUUCAUUUAGAAAAGAAAAAGGUCAGCAAUUACGAAAUAUGUUUUGUGGAUGUUAAGCAGAGAUUAGAUUUCGCGUCUGCGGAGUAUCUAAAAGAAAGAGUUGUGAAGUUUAUGAGCGGUAAUCGCUACGAUGUUAGUCUCAUUGUUAUAAAAGGAGAGGAAAUUAAUUCAAUCGAUUACACAGUUGCUAUGAACAUCAUCUCACUUAAAGAAGAUCUUGAGGUACUCAGUUGUGAUCUUGUGUGUUGGAAUUGGAACAUUCGUGCCGCUGGGGUUGUUUGCAGGUUGAAUGGCGAUUUGUGCUGCUUAUUCAAAAAUGACCAUAGCAUCGAGGAGGUGGUGAAUAACUAUUAUUUAAAUCUACAAAGGAAAAAUGAGAGUUCCAUCGAUACUGUGUGCACAAGUACUUCUUAGAUGGCUUAGGCGUACGCGUGCUAAGUAGAAAUAUUAUUUGUUUAAAGUAUGUGUAAAUAUAAUUAUACAUAUAUAAUAGCUACUAUAAUGCAAAGGCCAAGUACCAUUAACAAACUUAACGCUGAUAUCAAUACGUCACUUGUUGAGCCGAUGACAGUUGAUGAUUAAAAGAAUGGCAAUAUGUAUAACUCGUAUUAUUCUGCUAUCUGCACAAAUAUAAAAAUAAAUAGUUUUAUUCAAAUGACGAA